AUGGCUCGAUACGGCGCGGUCAAGGCGGACCGAGCGCCGCCCGCUCCACCAGCUCCCGCGGCCGUCUUGGCCCUACGAAAGGACGUGCGCAUGGCCGCGAUCUCCCAGUUCAUCAACCUGUUCAAGAAGCACGUCAAUUUGCAGUUCGAGAUCGAGGCAAGUUGUCUUUGCUCCUUGUUCUUGUAGGGAGUGGGGUGCGUCGCCUGGGAUGGUUCCUCGCCGUUUCAGGCUUGAGGCGGCGAGGCGCGUCGACUGGUCUGUUCCGCUGCUGGAGGCAUCGCAGGCUGUGGUCUUGAUGGUCAUUUCAACGAGUUUUUCUGAAUCUUGGAUACUGACUCGAUGCGACGUGAACAGGACCUCGAAUACGACCUCGCGGGUGAGCGGCCGAACUCGGUCGUGCCUACGCUCCUGGGCAAGUUAUGCAACACCUUGGCCAACGACCGCAACACCAAGUCAGUCCCUGCUCACCACUCUUCGCGUUGCUGCUCCAUAUCCGCGCUGUAUGAUGGUGAUGGUGCUGCUGCGCUCGGUCUGGAUCGCCGUAGCUGACUUGACCGACCCUCGUCGUGCACGCUCCUUUCCCCCCCUCCCUCUCGACCGCCCGACCAUUCCCCCUCCUCGUACUUCUCAGCUCCACCAACUGGCUUCCUGCACUCCGCCGAGCCUAUUCGAGGCGGCUCACAAAUCGAGAGGACAACCCAUUCUACCGCUACGAACAAGGCCCCGUCGAGCCCAUCGCUCCAGCCCCCGCCGCCGCCGCCGCCGCCGCCGACCAGCCAACCUCUUCAGCCGACCCAUCUGCCGCUGCAGCUGAAGGCACCCCUCGGACCGAAUCCAUGCAAGUCGAUGCGAUAGGAACCACUGGGUUAGAUCCUGCGCCCGACACUAGCACCGCCGAUACCGCCGCUGCCACUGCCGACGCCAAGUCCGAUCAGGCUGCGAAGGACCCGCUCAGCACCGAGCCUGCGACCGAUCCCACGAACUCGGCAGCGUCUGCGGCCCAGCCCAUCGUUGUCGAUAGAGUCGACCUUUCAGAUACCGAAUCGGCCACUGCUGCUCCCGUUGCUUCGACUUCGGCCCUCCCCGCCGCGACCGAUCCCGACGAUGACCCGAUCCCACUGGGAGCGACGGAGCGACGGGUCGAAGUCGGUUGGGAAGAGGUCGACGUCGAUACGAAAAUCCAAGCCAUUUACAACGUCUGCGAAUGGCACAUGUACGAACCCGAACGCUUCCGUCGGUCGCUCAAGGCCUCCGUCGACGACGACGACACCUCGUGGCGCAUUGAGCCUAUAGGAAAGGACGCCAAGGGGAACAAGUACUACCUGCUCGACCCGUGGAGAAUAUGGAUCCACCGGGCGGUACCCAAGAAGCGCAAACAAAAGGGCGUGAUCCUCGUCGAGGAAUCCGACGACGACGACGAUGACGUGCCCGCGUUCAAGGGUAAGGGCAAACUCAAGGCCAAGGACGUGGGCGUCAGUAAUGGAACGCGCUCGUCGUUGGCGCGUGCGAGCAACGGGCGCAAACAUUCGAGGUCCGUGUCGGCGACCGACCUGGCGUCGGACGAGACGCCGAGCAAGCGCUCGCGACGGAAUCGGACCGAGGAGGUGUGGGAGGAGAUCCCUAAGGAAUUGCUGCAGGAGUGGGGCGUCGACGGCAACGAACUGCUCAACGACGAUCGGACCAAACGAGAAGGAUCUGCGGUCAGUUCGGCGUUGACGAGUCUCGACGACGACGAGGAUGCGACGAGCAAGGCCGGCAAGACCGAGUCGAAGCCGAAUGGUGAGGCCGGGACCGAGACCAAGCGCGCGGUACCGGUCGGCGAGACAAAGUGGGAGGAUGACUUUUGGGUCGAGCGGGAUCAGAUAGACGCGCUGCAAGGUUUCGUCGAAUGGGAAGCGGUGAGUGCCGAUCCUCACAAGUCCCACCGCACCCCUCCUCGACUGGUCUCUAAUCGCGAUCGAACCGACUCGGUGCAGACGUGCCUCACGCUCGACGAUUGGACCGCCUUUGCGGACAAGUUCGCAAAGUCCCAUAAUACCCACGAAAUGGCGCUACAUGAACGUAUCAAUUCGGUCUUGCUGCCCCGAGCGAGGGCGGCGCUGACUGCGAUCGAGAAGGCGAGGCAGCAAGAGUACUUUUCGAUGGUGCGCAAGAGAUCGACGCGGAUCGCAUCGAAAGAGUCCGAAGAGGAGCAACGGCAACGAUUCGCGGCGAUCAAAGAGGCCGAGGAAGCUAAAGCCUCGCGAGCGUCGAGACACAAGGUUCCGGUCACGGAGGAUCCGGAUGCCAUCGAAUCUGCUUACGUGCCAGCUGUUCAACCGCCGCAGGAGACUCGCGAGGAACGACUCAAGAAGCGAGAGGAGGAGAAGCAGGCCAAGGAGCUGGCGCUUGAGCAGGCGCAGAUCGAAGCCGUCGCACAGGCGCAGCGGGCGGCCGAAACCGAGUCGACAAAUGGAGCCAUCGCAGCCGUCGUCGAAAACGCUACGCCCGUACCCGAGGUCAAGAAUGACGCUGCGAGUGCCGAACAGACCGAGAAGGAGCGUAAUGCACGCGUCGAGGCUGAAAACACGGCCGCCGCGGUGUCUGCAGCCGCCGAGUCUGCGGCCGCCGAACAAGCCGCAAAGGACGCCGCCGCGAAAGCCGCCAAACAAGCUGAAGCGGCCAAGAGGAAAAAAGAGAAGAAGGCCGCCAAGGAGAAGCAGCACGCUGCUGCAGCCGCCGAACAAGCGGCGGCGGCGGCGUUGCUCUUCUCUGCUGCUCAACCGGUCUAUUCUGUUGUAGCGGCGGCGGCGGCGGCUCCCCCACUCGAGGCGCAGGACCCGUGGUACUUUGACUGCGAAAUUUGUAAAGUUGCCGGAUGGAACUAUGUGAGUGCACACCGAGUAGUGUAUGGACGCUGGUAGAUGCUGAAUCGCGCGUGAUAUGCGAACAGGACGACGGACACACGGUCAUGUGUUGCGAGCAAUGCGACGAAUGGCAACACGUCGCGUGCCACGUGCAACGCGACCUAUUGAUGAACAAACCCGCUCAACAGUAUGAGGACGAGCGGUUCGCUUUCUACUGCUCAAAGUGCCGUGCCGAUCCUCGACGGAAACCUCGCAAGGUCCCCGCCAAGUCGACCCUCGCGAAAGCUGCUGCUCCGGCCCAGGCGGUCGUCGCUUCUGCUUCGCCGCAGCAAUCACCUCCACUGGUUCCGACACCCAAGACGACGAAUACGAAGUCGACGACGCCAAAAGUCGCAGCGACGAAGCAACAGCACAAGACGCCUGCGACUCCGGCUGCUCGUCCGAACGCAAAGAGUCCGCUGCUGGCCAAGGCGAAUGGGCAUGUUCCUUCUCCGGCGUCGGCCCCUCGACCCGCCCCGGCUCCGAAAGCAGCGGUGGCACCCUCGAAAGCUGCCUCGCAGACCCCGAAAUCUUCAUCGCAACCCCCGAGACCUGCCUCCCAACCUCCAAAGUCGGCGUCGCAACCUCCCAAGCCCGUCGUCGGUUCGGCUUCUCCUGCGACAGCGGUGGCCUCACCGACGGUCGUAGCGUCGCAGCCCGUCGCUGCUCAGCCCGCGGCGUCGCUCCCCGCUGCUGGCCAACCUUCGCUGUCGUACCCGGCGCUCAAGGCUCUGAUCGAGUCGAACCCGGUCCUGAUCAACCAGCUUCCCCCCCAGUACCAGUCGCAUUUCAGUCAGCUGCUCGGGAUCCCUGUGCCUUACCCGGUCGCUGGCGCCGCGUCGUCGCCCAAAGCGUCGACUUCGGGUUCUGGAUAG